UGUGCGCGUGCACGAGGAGCGUGCGGGAGCGUGCGGUGUUGACGGACGCGAGUGACUGGAAAGGCAACAUGUCCACCACAGCCGCCGCGCAGCUGAACAACAAUGAAGAACCGGGACUCAACGGGUCCUGGGUGGAGCUGGAGAUGAAUGGAAACACUCAACAGCCAAACCCCAGCUUGCCCUCGCUGCUGGGGAACGGGAACCAAGGCGAACCCCAGGCUUCACAGGCCCUGGAGGCCGUGCAGGAGGAAGAGGAGGUCCUAACAGGAGGACUGGAGCAUGUGCCUUCCUCCUCCUCUAUCCAUAACGGAGACAUGGAGAAAAUCCUACUGGACGCCCAGCACGAGUCCAGCCCCAGCAGCUCGUCCUGCAACAGCCCACCACGACCACACAGUCCUGACCAGGAUGAGGGGCAGAUCACGUUUGAUGUGGAGAUGCCCAGCGAGAGAGACUGUCAGUCAGAUGAUGACAGUCUGGAGAAGGACAAAGAGGAUGACAUCCUUAUGAAUAAAGGGGAGAGCUGGGUGGCAGACUGGUCCAGUCGACCAGAGAACAUUCCCCCGAAGGAAUUCCACUUCCGCCACCCGAAGCGUUCUGGAUCAGUGUCUCUGAGCAUGAGAAAGACAGGUGCUAUGAAGAAGGGAGGUGUGUUCUCCGCCGAGUUCCUCAAAGUGUUUAUGCCCUCGCUGCUGCUCACCCACCUCCUGGCUCUGGGACUUGGGGUCUACAUUGGGAAGCGGUUGACCACGCCCUCCACCAGCUCAUUUUAAACCUGAACAGACCCCAGUGCCUGGACGCCCCAUCAUAAGCAGCGGUGGCACAGCAGUGGCCAAUCGUGUUAUGAUUCCUCUCUCUCUCUCUUUCUCUCAUUCUCUCCCCCUCUCUGACUUUCUCUUUAUCAUUUCUUUAACCCACAGUCCUGGUUUCCCAUCACACCCUCUAUUGGGAGACAUUCUGCUUGUUGACCUUUGGCUGUGUUGCAUUUUUUUCCCUUCUAACGCCGUGGCUUACAGACAUGUUUUAGAUGCUUUUAUUUGGACACGUAGUGCACUAUUCACUGACAUUUAUUUUUUAUGAUACGCUACUAUACAAGUUAGAGCCCCACUACAACCACAACCAUAAUACGCUUAUAUUUCUGCAUGACGCACUUCAUAUGCAACUAAUAGAGUCUGGAUGUGGCCCUGGAUAUCCUGGAAGUAUGUUGACUCUUAAUUGUAUCAUCUCAUAUUGCGCAGUUGAACUCAUUCACAUCCCUUCUUAUGCGAAGUUAGAGUCAUUUCAAUUACGAUUAUAGGAGGACGACGACUGUUUAAAGACAGACCAAAUCAUUCGUUGCGUACGCUACGUUACGUUGGACUGUUACGACAAUUAUUUAGAGACUUAUUUUGCAUAGAACGUAAAUCUUUAGGUUCUGUUUUAGGCCCUUUUCUGUUUGCUCCAAUAUGACGUGCACAAAACUGAAGCAUCACUUUAUAGCAGCUUUAUAGCAUUAAAAUAUAUAAGUAAAUCACAAAUUUACAUUAACAGUACAUGUUUUUCUAAUCAAAAGACCUUAAGCUAAAGAGAUCAGCAUGGACGUACAUAUGUUUAAGAGCCAAACUGGUCAGGUUAGUUGUUCUUUUAAAUUUCUAGGGAAGCGGCACACACACACGCUCACACGCUCUGGCUUGCCUUGAUGCAUAUCCUGCUCGCAGCAGUUUCUGACUGUGUUUCUUAGUGCCAAAGGGUUUCCACCGCCAACCCAACAUGAGUCGCUCGCACCUCUCAUAGACUCGGUCUGGUUUGAGUGGAUUAUUUAUCCUGUCGGUCACACCGUUUUUGACAACCUUACAAAAGCCUUUGGUUUUACUGUGAACACCCUGUUGAUAUUAGUCAUAGCGUUGCUGUAGUUGUGUAUUAUACGCCUUUUGUCAAGGCCACAGAUCCACACUCUGUGUACAUAUGUAUAUGCAAUGUGGUGUAGUUUUACAGACAAAACUACUGAUUUAGAAAACAUUAACAGGUUUACACUCACUGAUUUACAGAUGAAAUUUGUCUCGAACAUGUCCAGGUCAUAUUUUAUCCCAUAAUUAUAUAACUAUAAUUAAUAAAAUUAUUUACAUUUUAACAUAAUAUUACAUCAUGGUUAUGUUGUGGUUAUGUAUUUACAGUUAAAGUCGAAAGUUUACAUCCACUUGCAGAAUUUUGAAAAAUGUUAAUUAUUUUACCAAAAUAAGAGGGAUCAUACAAAAUGCAUGUUAUUUUUUAUUUAGCAAUGACCUGAAGAUGUUUACAUAUAGUCCACAAGAGAAAGUAAUUGUUGAAUUUAUAAAAAAUGGGGGUCAUGAACAGUUAAACUGCCUGCUGUUCUUCUGAAAAAUCCUGAAAAGUCCCACAAAGUCUUUGGUUUUUUAGCAUUUUUGUGUAUUUGAACCUUUUCCAACAAUGACUGUAUGAUUUUGAGAUCCAUCUUUUCACCCCGAGGACAACUGAGGGACUCAUAUGCAACUAUUACAGAAGGUUCAAACACUCACUGAUGCUUCAAUAAGACACAAUGCAUUAAGAGCCAUGGGGUGAAAACUUUUGAACAGAAUGAAGAUGUGUACAUUUUUCUUAUUUUGCCUAAAUCUCAUAUUUUUUUCAUUUAGUACUUCCACUUUAGAAGCUACAGAGGAUACUUGCAUGUUUCCCAGAAGACAAAAUAAGUUAAAUUUACCCUGUUCUUCAAAUACAAAAAGUCCCCCUGGCUUUUAAUGCAUUGUGUUUCCUUUUGAAUAUCUUAUUCAGGUCAGUGCUAAAUAAAAAAUUACAUGCAUUUUGUAACAUCCCUCUUAUUUUGGUAAAAUAAUUAAUAUUUUGCAGAUUUUUUGUAAACUUUUGACUUCAACUGUAUGUGGCUUUUAAUUUAAAAAAAAACAAAAAACAUAUUUCAGUCAUUUUCAGUAAUUAUUGUAAAAAAAAAGUAAUAAAUCUAGUUUUAGUUUGAAAUAUCUAAUUAUAUUUAAUUUUUUUACUUUUGACUUAUGGGUAAAAGAUAACCUGGACAAUUCUUGACAAGUUUUAUAAUUCACUCUCACAGUAUCUAGUAACACUUCUACUAAGCAAAGUGUUUCAUACAAAAAAAAACUAAUAAUUAAAUAGUCCAGUUAACAGGUCACCCUUUGCAUUAAGGCCGUCUGUGUCAUUGUGCCACACUUUACUUCUUUACUCUCUUUUCAUGCCUUUUUUCUCUCUCUCAGAGGGGGAGUGGAAAUACAAGAGGCCAAUUUAGUGUCACUUCAACCGUGCCUCGACUUUUGUUUGCACCUUUUCUGAGCCCCAUUGCAUGCGUGUGUUCAGAGAAUCCACAUUGGGAACGCGACUGAAGUGAAGUUUUCCCCUGCGUGGGGCGGAAUGAGAACUGUGAAUGGAAUAGCUGUAGCUCAUGUCAGAUACGAUAAACUAGCCCUGCCCGAUCUGUGUCGGGCGGGAUCACCAUACGAGAUGUUUUACGCACAUUAUGAUGUUUUCUUUCUCUGUUAUAUCUCUCUUUUGUUGUUUUGAGUUUUGGCUUUAAUCAUGAGCGUGGAUACUGGAGGGCGGGGCCCUCGUGAUUGACAGCUCCACCAUGUGUUUCGUUUGAAUUCCAAUAGCGACUGGAGUGAUGAAGCAAUGAACGUGUACUUUCUUGUCUUUCGCUGGUAUUGGAGGAAAAGUGAACUGAUAUUAAAAUAUAACCUGACAUUCAUCUUUUCUUUUGUUGUCAUUCCAUCUUGUGUUUUGCUUUUGCCAUGUGACAAGUUAGAAAGUUAUAUGAAACCCAUUCUUUUUGUUUGACUUCCCUAUAUUCAUUAUUUAAAAAUUUGUGCAUUAAUGUGCAUGUAGAUUAAAACUACAGUAUAGUUAAUUUGGUGCUGUAUGGCAAGGAUUCCCUUUGCCUAAAUGUUAGAUUUUAAAUUCAUAUUUUAAUAAUUUAACAACAAAUUUGCAUGUUUAGAACUCUUUAAUGUUGGUAAUUGUUUAUGUGAAAUGCAAUUUAAAUUUUUUUGUAUUUUAUUUUAUUUAUUUAUAUUUUUAUGAUUUAAUAAUUAUUUGUAUUUCAUCAAUUCACAAAGCCCCUGCAGCUUUAGCAUCAACCCCAGUUUGGAAAACACUGGUAAAUGGCUUAAAAUUGAGAGUGCAUUGGUUAACAAACAACUGUAGACAGUCUCAAACUUCAUAAAAGUCCAAAUCCUAACCAAAUAGUCUUGAAAAAAUUUGUAGAGAAAUGAAGAUUGUGUCCUAUUUGAAAUGCUACCCUUUAUCCUAAAAUUGUGACUUUUAAUAGUGAAUAGCACUAAUAAAGUGAAGGUCAUGGGUUUGUUUCCCAAGGAGAAUGCAUGAACUAAUAAAAUGUAUACCUUAAAUACUAUGUAUAAAAGCAUCUGGCAAAUGCGUAAAUGUAAAUGACCAACAAGUGUCUUUAGCUUAGAAAUGACAUUUUACAAUGUUUUCCCCUCUUCAGAGCUCCUGGUGGUUUAAUUUCCGCCAAACUCAAUUUUCCAUCUCUCAGCAGCUUUCAGUUCAGUUUUUGAGAGGAUGUUUCUCAAAGCCAAAUUUGACUCUAAACGGAAAACGGUAUUGCCGUUAAACUUCCUAUAAUACUCUGAUACUCACAAGAUCAGCUUGGUGACAAUGACACUCUAUGCCUUUCUACAAGUUUAAUGGAUUUUAUUCAUCAUUUUUUGUUUACUGGUCCCCUAAAUUUGUCCAAUCCAGGCAGGACUGCCAGGUUUUCACAACAAAACCCGCCCAAUUGUAAUUCAAAACUGGAUCACUUGUUUUGAGGACUGUCCCACUAUAAAAAUUACAUUCUGUGGGGUAAAAUAUAUGUUUUUUGGCAAGGUUCCCCUAGUAAAAUUAGCAUUCCAGGGGUUAAAUAUUGCAUUACUGGGGUCGCUUCAACCCGCUGCAACAGUGUUAACGUAGCCCAAUUCUGUGGGAAAACUGUGGACUUGGCAACACUGAAUCUAGGGGUCCAACGAUUAUCAGCUUGGCCAGUUAACAGCUCCAAUAUUAGACAUUUUUAUGGUUAUUGGUAUCGGUCGUUUUCAAAACCAAAAAAUCAUUAAAGAAAGUUUUUGUCAGAGCCCUUGUUAAUUUUAAUUUUAACAUUCAUUUUCAUUUUUAUACCAGAUAUCGGUUCAGAAAAAUGGUUAUUUGUCUGCUUGUUCUGUAAUAAUUGGCAUCUUCCCUGAAAAACACAUAUCGGUUGACCCCUAGUCCAAUCUAUGUCAAAAUUGGCUCAAAUCAUAUGUAAGUAUGAAAGUCACUAAAUUUAAUGAUACGUGUUCAAUACGGUUCUCCAAAAACGUUAACAAAAUUGCUGAUGAAGCCACCAAAUGGCAAAAGAAAUCAGAAAAUGAUUUUAUAUAUUUACACAGAACAUUUUACAUACUACCAUCUUAUUUUUAACAUAAGAGCAGAUAUGGCCAUUUGUAACUUCUAUGUUUGAGGCUUUUGAUAUCAAUAACUUCCAGUUGUUUUUCCUGUACAAAACCAGUCCAUUAUGCUCAUUUCUAUUGAUAGUUAUUCUAAAUUAUUAUCAUAAUUAUAAACAUAUAUACUUUCCGAUGGACCGAUUUGAAUAGACGUCACAAUUACAUCACUUGCAGAUGAACGUGCAUUGUGGUGGCAGAAAAAAACUGGUAACAAGUGGAGUGAAAUGGGCAAAAUCCAUGAAAUAAGAUAAAAAAAAUGUAUUGCUGGGUCUAUGGAUGUCAGAAUCAGAAUGCAAAUCAUUUUUAUAGAAUACUGUCAUCAAAAACGCCAUUUGAAGCUAAACGCAGACGUUUAAACGGACAGACUAAUGGAUGAAACCUGCUAUUUUUGAAGCAUAAAUUUGGUUUAAACAAUAGGUCUACAUAAUAUUCACAUAUGCAGUUCAUAGGGAACAUAUUAAGCCUACAGUUACUGCAUGAAAUACUAUUUAAGAUAUUUUACAUUUACCUAUUUGAACUAAAAAUUCUGACUUUUUUUCUCGCAAGUGCACGUUUAUAUAUUGUCUUCCAGACAUUAAUUUAACAAUAGCGAGUUCUGAGCAGGAAAAAAGCCAGACGUGUGGAAUAUAAACACAAAAGGAGAAUGACUUUUUUUCUUAUCAGAACUGUGAGAUAUAAUCUCGGAAUUGCGAGAAUAAAGUCAGAAUUUUGAAACAUAAACUCAAAUUGACCUUUUUUAUUUUUUUAUUCCAUGGUUUCCACUUGAAAACUGGCAUUUUUGUCACCAGAAAAAAAAAAUACUUACUUCCAUGUUGCAAAAUAUAUAAUAAUUUCUACAAUGCCCUAGUAAUUAAUUGGAUUACAGUUCCAUGUUCUUGUCAAAAUGCUACAGAGACGCUACACAAGGGGUGCUGCAACCAAAAAAUUUACUUAACCUUAUAACAGCUAUGCUGUUGAUGUUUGUCCCUUUCAUUCCCUAUGUAUCAUAUAAUUCUUAAUGAAUCUAUGGCAAAACCAUUUUAGCAUUUCCAUUAAGUUCAUAUUUAUCCAUAUGUGAAGGUAAGAUAGUACCCCCAUCAUGCAAGUUCUCGAUGUAAAGGUGUAAGAGUGUGUGUUUUAUGGAAUAACUCGCAUACGGGCAGCGGGUGUGUAAACUGUGAAUGCAUGUGAUUGUUGAGCACUGUGAAUGUGGGGUUUAGUGUUUUUUAUUUGGUAACAAGUCUCCACAGACAGGCAAGCAUGCGGCCUGCGCUCUGAUGGUGGUCUCUCCUGUCCUGAUGCAUGCUACAGGUACAGAAAACCGCAUGGUACAGGAUACGCUUUUAUUCUGUUAUGUGCAAACUUUAAAUACGGAAAGCUAACAAAUGCUUCAGUAACAGAUAAAAGCAAGUUGUUUUGUUUAAAGGGAAAGUGCACCCAAAAAUGAGAAAUCUGCCACUCAUCCUUGUGAUUUUUCAGACCUGUUUCAUGAACAAAACAACAAUCAUAAAAUUGGAUUAUGGCUUAAAUUUGGGUUUGUUCCUCACAUAAAGGACUAUAUGACUUCAGAAGACUUGGAAUAUAGUGAAGAAGUUGUAUGUACUACUUUUGUCCUUUUUGGAGCUUGCCAGUAUACCUUAAAUGCAAUGCAUGUUUAAAAGAAAUCUAUCUGUUUGAGACAAAAUUAAGACAUUUUUGUGUGCACUGUCCCUUUAAGAGCUCACUCAAACUGACUGAGUUUAAAGAUGAUUUGUGAUGUUCAUAUUUCAUAUCAUGAUGGAACCAAUAGGUACUUCAAGCAGAUUAUUGUCUGUUCAAAGAAUGUGAAACUGUUUGGUUUCAGUCUUAUUUUUUAUUUUACAUUUCUGGUCUAUUGUUGUCUUAUUUUUAUGAAUCUUUUAUCCCACUGCCAAAACCUCUUCCUUCAUCUUUUCUUCACUUGCCUUAAUUAGUCCAUGCUGAACUUUUAUUGUGUUUGUUUGGAUGGAUGGUUGGUUGAAACACAACCAGCUUUGGUUCUCAUAAGUUACCCACUGUGAAUAAUUACUUUCACUAAAUAGAUUUAAUAACAUUUAGAUCACAAUGUAAACCUGUAUCUUUUGAUUUGGUUUACUUUAAAAAGCUAUAAAGUCUUUUUUAGUGAUUACAGUGAUCUCUUCAUCAUGUGGUCUGAACUUCUGUUUAAAUCUCGUUCAUAGGUGGACAUUGAGCUGUUAGCUUUCUUUUGCCAAAGCAUUUUAGCCGGCCUUUGUAGAAUUUGAACUGACUGAUUCACGACACUUGUGUAAAUCAUGUCUGGUGUUUUGUUUGCAUUAAAAGUAGAUAAAUGAUGAA